AUGGCCUCUUACUUGCCUCACGAAGAAUUCAAAACGAAUGUUUACGAUUAUGAUGAGGUUCCAGAAAAUAAGUCGUGGGCUCUGACCUUGCCUGUUGCACAAGGCUUGUACAACCCCGAAAACGAAAAAGAUGCCUGUGGUGUGGGUUUCACCUGUCACCUCAAAGGUGUCACCUCCCACAAAAUUGUCCUGGACGCCAAGAGCCUCCUUUGCAACAUGACCCACAGAGGUGGAGAGUUGAACCCCAAAGACGGUGACGGUGCCGGAUUGUUGUCUUCUUUGCCCCAUAAGUUCUUGGUUCGUGAAUUCAAGUACCACUGCGACGUGGACUUGCCUGCCUUGGGCCAAUAUGGUACCGGUAAUGUCUUUUUCAAAAAGGACGACGCCGUGUUCGAAAAGCUGAAGCUGACCUUCGAAUCCAUUGCCUCUUCCUUGGGCUUGAAGGUCUUGGGCUGGAGAAAGGUUCCCCACGACUCUUCCAUCUUGGGUCCUGCCUCGUUGUCCAGAGAACCAUUGAUCUUGCAACCUGCAGUGGUGUACUCGGAGACUUACGGUCAGGAUAUCUCUGCUGAAGAGUUUGAGAAGUCCUACAAGAAGGACUUUGAGAAGAAGUUGUUCAUCUUAAGAAAGCAAUCGUCUCACACAAUCGGCUUGCACAACUGGUUCUACAUCUGUUCCUUGUCCUCUAAAACCAUUGUCUAUAAGGGUCAAUUGGCCCCCAACCAGGUGUAUGCAUACUACUACGAUUUGGUCAACGCCGACUACGAAGCUCAUUUUGCUCUCGUGCACUCACGUUUCUCCACCAACACUUUCCCAUCUUGGGACAGAGCACAACCAUUGAGAAUCGCCGCUCACAACGGUGAAAUCAACACUUUGAGAGGUAACAAGAACUGGAUGCGUGCUAAGGAGGGUGUCAUGUCCUCUGCUUUGUUCGGUGACGAGUUGGAGAAAUUGUACCCAAUCAUUGAAGAAGGUGGUUCCGACUCCGCUGCUUUUGACAAUGUUUUGGAGUUGUUGGUCAUCAAUGGCGUUUUGUCAUUGCCUGAAGCUGUCAUGACCAUGAUUCCAGAAGCCUGGCAAAAUGACAAGCACAUCGACAUGAGAAAGAAGGCUUUCUACGAGUGGGCCGCAUGUUUGAUGGAGCCAUGGGAUGGUCCUGCCUUGUUCACAUUCGCUGACGAUAGAUACUGUGGUGCCAACUUGGACAGAAACGGUUUGAGACCAUGUCGUUACUACGUGACCGACGACGAGAGAAUCAUCUGUGCAUCUGAAGUUGGUGUCAUUGAUGUGGAGCCAGAGAAGGUUUUGCAGAAAGGCAGAUUGCAACCCGGAAGAAUGUUGUUGGUCGACACCAAAGAAGGUAGAAUCGUCGAUGACCGUGAGUUGAAGAGCUCUGUGGCCUCCAGAUUCGACUUCAAGUCUUGGGUCACUGCCAACAUGAUCACUCUUGACGACUUGUUCGCCAAGUUGACUGCCAGAGACGUAGACUUUUCUGACAAGUCCUUGGCUGCCAGCAAGGGCAACUCCGUCCAGACUGAUCCAAGAUUGAUUGCCUUUGGAUACACGCAUGAGCAGAUGAACACCAUUUUGGCUCCUAUGGCUGAAGCCAAGGAAGCUUUAGGUUCCAUGGGUAACGACGUUGCAUUGGCAUGUAUUUCUGAACAACCAAAGUUGUUGUACGAGUACUUCCGUCAGUUGUUCGCCCAGGUGACCAACCCUCCUAUCGACCCAAUUAGAGAGGAAAUUGUCAUGUCGUUGGAUUGUUACGUCGGUCCUCAGGGUAACUUGUUGGAGAUGAAGCCAGACCAAUGUAACAGAUUGUUGUUGAAGUCGCCAAUCAUUUCCAGCAAAGAGUUAAUUGCCAUCAGAAACAUGGAGCAGGUUUACCCCAAGUGGUCUGUGGCCAACAUUGACAUGACCUUCGAAAGAUCUGAGGGUAUCCAGGGAUACAUCAAUAAGAUCGAGGAGGUUUGCCAGGAGGCUUCUCAGGCCAUUGCCGAUAACAAGCAAGUUAUCAUCUUGUCUGACCGUGCUGUUAGUUUUGACAGACUCCCAAUCUCUGCCUUGAUUGCCACUGGUGCAGUUCAUCACCACUUAGUCAGACAGAAGCAACGUUCUAAGGUUGCCAUUCUUCUUGAGACCGCCGAGGCCAGAGAGGUGCACCACGCUUGUUGUUUGGUUGGUUACGGUGCCGAUGGUAUCAACCCAUACUUGGCAAUUGAGACCUUGUGCAACAUGAGAGACCAGAACUUGUUGAAGGUUAACAUCCCAGACGAGAAGAUUGUGAAGAACUACAGAUCCGCUGUUGAUGCCGGUAUCUUGAAGGUUAUGUCCAAGAUGGGUAUCUCCACUUUGGCUUCUUACAAGGGUGCUCAGAUUUUCGAGGCCUUGGGUAUUGACAACUCUGUCAUUGACAGAUGUUUUGCUGGUACUGCCUCCAGAAUCAAGGGUAUCACCUUUGAGUAUAUUGCUCAGGAUGCCUUCUCGUUGCACGAGAGAGGUUACCCAUCCAGAGAGACCAUCAAGCCAGUUGCUUUGCCUGAAACUGGUGAGUACCACUGGAGAGAUGGUGGAGAGAAGCACGUCAACGACCCUGCUGCCAUUGCUGCCAUGCAAGAUGCUGUCAAGAACAAGAACGAGAAGGCAUACGAGAUUUACUCUAAGAAGGAGUACGAUGCUAUCAAGAACUGUACCUUGAGAGGUUUGUUGGACUUCGACUUUGAGUCUGCUACUCCUGUUCCAAUCGACCAGGUUGAGCCAUGGACUGAAAUUGUCAGAAGAUUCUUCACUGGUGCUAUGUCUUAUGGUUCCAUCUCCAUGGAAGCUCACUCCACCAUCGCUGUUGCUAUGAACAGAUUGGGUGGUAAGUCCAACACUGGUGAGGGUGGUGAAGACUCCGCCAGAUCUCAGGUUGCCGAAAAUGGUGACACUAUGAGAUCUUCCAUUAAGCAGAUUGCUUCUGGUAGAUUCGGUGUGACCUCCUACUACUUGGCUGAUGCCGAUGAGUUGCAGAUCAAAAUGGCUCAGGGUGCUAAGCCUGGUGAAGGUGGUGAGUUGCCUGGUGACAAGGUCUCGGAGUCUAUUGCCAAGACGAGACACUCCACCGCAGGUGUUGGUUUGAUUUCCCCACCUCCUCAUCACGAUAUCUACUCCAUUGAGGAUUUGAAGCAGUUGUUGUACGACUUGAAGUGUUCUAACCCAAGAGCUAGAACUUCUGUUAAGUUGGUGUCCGAGGUUGGUGUCGGUAUCGUUGCUGCCGGUGUUGCCAAGGCUGGUUCUGAGAACAUUUUGGUUUCUGGUGGUGACGGUGGAACUGGUGCCGCUAAGUGGACCUCCAUCAAGUAUGCUGGAUUGCCAUGGGAGUUGGGUCUCGCUGAGUCCCACCAGACCUUGGUUUUGAACGACUUGAGAGGAAGAGUCAUUUUGCAGACUGACGGUCAGAUCCGUACUGGACGUGAUAUUGCCAUCGCUUGUUUGCUUGGUGCUGAGGAGUGGGGUUUCGCCACUACUCCAUUGAUCGCCAUGGGAUGUAUCAUGAUGAAGAAGUGUCACACCAACGCUUGUCCAGUCGGUAUUGCCACUCAGGACCCAGAACUUAGAAAGAAGUUCAAGGGUACCCCAGAGCACGUCAUCAACUUCUUCUACUACGUUGCUAACGAGUUGAGACAAUUGAUGGCCCAGUUGGGUUUCCGUACCAUUAACGAGAUGGUGGGUAAGACUGAGGUGUUGAGAGUCAGAGAUGACUUGAGAAACACCAAGAACGCCAACAUUGACUUGUCUCCAAUUUUGACUCCUGCCCACACCAUCAGACCUGGUGUUGCUACUCACUGUGUCAGAAAGCAGGACCACAAGUUGCACAUCAGAGUUGACAACAAGUUGAUUGACGAGUCGGAGUUGACCUUGUCGAAGGGUUUGCCAGUCACCAUCGACUGUGAGGUUGUUAACACUGACCGUUCUGUUGGUACCACUUUGGCCUACAGAGUUUCUAAGACCUUUGGUGAGCAAGGUUUGCCGCAUGACACCAUUCACGUUAACGCUAAGGGUUCUGCAGGUCAAUCUUUUGGUGCCUUCUUGGCUUCUGGUAUUACUUUGGAAUUGGAGGGUGAUGCCAACGAUUAUAUUGGAAAGGGUUUGUCUGGUGGUAGAGUCAUUGUGUACCCACCAAGACAAUCUAAGUUCAAGGCCGAGGACCAGAUUAUCGCCGGUAACACCGCCUUUUUCGGUGCUACUUCCGGUACUGCCUUCAUCAGAGGUAUCGCCGCAGAGAGAUUUGCUGUUAGAAACUCCGGUGCCAACAUUGUUGUUGAAGGAACUGGUGACCACGGAUGUGAGUACAUGUCUGGAGGUAGAGUUGUUGUCUUGGGUCCUACUGGUCGUAACUUCGCCGCUGGUAUGUGCGGUGGUAUUGCUUACGUUUUGGACAUGGCUCAGGACUUCUCCACUAGAGUCAACAUUGGUACUAUUGGAUUGUCUGCUGUUACCGAGCCAACUGAAAUUGCUUUCUUGAGAGGAUUGAUCGAGGACCACCGUCACUACACUGGUUCUGAGGUUGCUGACAACAUCUUGAACGACUUCAACAGAAUCUUGCCAAGAUUCGUGAAGGUUUUGCCUCAUGAUUACAAGAAGGUUCUUGAAAAGGAGGCCCAGAAGAAGUUGGAGGCCAAGAAGAAUGAAUUGAACAACUUCUUGAAGUCUAUCAAGGAGGACCCAGAGAGCGAUGCUACGAACGGUGAAGCUUCUAAGAUUAAGAGAGGUCACGUCCACUCCCACGUCGCAGCCAAGAACGGAGCUCACGAGCCUAAGGUCUUGGAUGUUGAAGAUACCAUCAAGGACAAGGAAGUUGAGAAGAAGGCCGUCGCCAAGUUGGACAAGACUUUUGGUUUCAUGAAGUACAAGAGAAGAAACGAGAAGUACAGACCAGCUAAGGAGAGAACCAAGGACUGGAAUGAGAUGACUUCCAGAUUAACCAAGGAGGAAUUGGCAGUUGAGACUGCCAGAUGCAUGGACUGUGGUGUUCCAUUCUGUACCUCUGACACUGGUUGUCCAAUCUCCAACAUCAUUCCAAAGUGGAACGAGUUGGUGUUCAAGGACAGAUGGUACGAUGCUUUGCAAAGAUUGAUGAUGACCAACAACUUCCCUGAAUUCACAGGUAGAAUUUGUCCAGCUCCAUGUAAUGGAGCUUGUGUUUUGGGUAUCAACGAGGACCCAGUCAACAUCAAGUCGGUUGAGUGUGCCAUCAUUGAUCAUGGUUUCGAGCAGGGUUGGAUUAAGGCCAACCCACCACAGCACAGAACUGGUAAGACUGUUGCCAUCAUUGGUUCCGGUCCUGCUGGUUUGGCUGCUGCCGACCAGUUGAACAAGGCUGGCCACUCUGUCACUGUCUACGAGAGAGCUGACAGACCAGGUGGAUUGAUGAUGUACGGUAUUCCAAACAUGAAGUUGGACAAGCGUAUUGUCAAGAGAAGAACCGACUUGUUGGCAGCCGAGGGCAUCAACUUUGUCUGCAACACUUCUGUUGGUGACGAUAUCACUGUUGAGGAGUUGAAGGCAAGCAACGACGCCGUUGUGUUCGCUGUCGGUUCCACUAUUCCAAGAGACUUGAAGAUUCCAGGUCGUGACUUGAACAACAUUGACUUUGCCAUGAAGUUGUUGCACUCCAACACCAAGGCUUUGUUGGAUGACCAGUUGGAGGAAAUCAGAAAGACUCUUGUUGGAAAGAACGUUGUUGUUAUUGGAGGUGGUGACACUGGUAACGAUUGUUUGGGUACUUCCACCAGACACGGUGCCAAGUCGGUGACGAACUUUGAGUUGUUGCCAACCCCACCAAACGCUAGACCAAAGGACAACCCAUGGCCACAAUGGCCAAGAGUGUUCAGAGUUGACUACGGUCACACUGAAGUUGCAGCUCACUACGGUAAGGACCCUAGAGAGUACUCUAUCUUGUCCAAGGAGUUCGUGGGCGAUGAAGAGGGCAAUGUUAAGGGUAUCAAGACCGUGAGAGUGGAAUGGAAGCGUUCCGAUUCUGGAGCAUGGCAAAUGGCCGAAGUUCCAGGCUCUGAGGAGUUCUUCCCAGCCGAAGUCGUUUUGUUGUCUAUGGGUUUCGUUGGCCCUGAUGCCGACAAGCUUGAGGUCAGCAAGACCAAGAGAGGUACUAUCACUACUUCGGACCCAUCUGGUUACAGAGUGUCUGCUAACGAUAACUUGUUCGCAGCCGGAGACUGUAGAAGAGGACAGUCGUUGGUUGUGUGGGGUAUUCAAGAAGGUAGACAGUGUGCCAGAGAGGUUGACAGCUACUUGAUGGGAUCUACUAGAUUGCCAGGCAAUGGAUCGAUUGAGCAGCGUAACUUUAAGUUGUUGGAGGAGUUGGCUGAGAAGGUUUAG